AAUGUAUCACAAAGAAAAAAAGAAAUGCGGAUAUUUAAUGAUACAAACAAUAAUUUUUUUUCUCUUUCCUUUUUUCUCUCUUUUUCAUAUUAAAAACCAUGCCAAACACGUAUACCCAACUGUCGUCUAAAAAGUCUUACAACAUAUCAGAAGCCAAAUUAAAGCGAAUUCUGGAAUACAAUGAGCGCUUACAAGAGCAGUUGGAACUUCCUCGUAUCCCCGUUUCCGAAGCUUCUAAAAGCUUGGUAGAUUAUUGUAAUAAUACAAGAGACCCUCUUAUUCCCUCGAUAUGGGGACCCAUCAGUAAAGAUGAAGAUCCUUUUGCGCCGGUCGCAGGAGGCAGUGGUACUGGUGGUUGUUGUGUUGUGAUGUAAAAAGAAAAAUACGUAUUAAUUUAUUUUGAAUUUGAGUUUCUGUUCAUAACCAUCAAAUUCCUUACGCUAUUGCCAUUUAUAGCCUUAUAAUUCAAAUCAGAUAAGAAUAAUUUCAGCAUAAACAAAUAAUUCUUUGUUUACAUGAUAACGCUAAUUCAGGUACAUGUAGCAACAACUUUUUCCUAAAAUGCAGAUCAUAGAAUGCCUUUCUUUCUUUUUUUGUAUAAGAAUAAAAGUAGACUUGAAAUUGGUCUUUUC